AUGAGUUUCACCGUCUCAACGCUCGUUGCUGCCCUGGCACUCGGCUCUGGCACCACGGCUGCACCUCUCGAGUCCCGUCAAGAUGCACUGAAACCGUUCGAAGUCACUGCCGUAUCUUAUAACAGUCCCAAUGGCCGACCUGGCAGUUAUCCUUGGACAACAAUUCGGGCGAACGUGACUGACCCGAACGGAUACACCUUCACACAAGAGAACACCGUCGGUACUGUCCCUGCAGGUAUUCAAGGUAUCAACUGUGAGGCCCAGUGGUACAGUGGCGAGUACAGCGAGGGUCGAACUUACCCUUGUGACCGAGCAGAGAAGGGUCAUUGGGCAAUCCAGGUCUACGCUGGCACCCAAGGCGCUUUCUGGGGCUCGGACUUCAAGCUCAAGUUCAUCCACGUAGUCGAGCCUGGCCAAAUGAUUCAGUCGUUCAGAGGGAGGAUCGAGGGUGAAGCGUCGUUCAAGGCUGGAAUCAAUGGGACAACGUCUUACUCGUGCUCAGCGAGCGGUACUUGCGGUGCAAGUCUGAAGUCGGAGCUCAAGCCAUUGCUGGUUCCCGUAACGAGGACAUUGUAAGGCCGAUCGCGGACGUCGAAAAUCGCGGUAACGGAUGUCGGCAAGCAGUAACGGUAACAAUUGGAGAACGGGACCCUAGAUGACAGCAUAGUCAGCUAUAUGGAGUACUUUAAUGAUGAACAGCCAUCGCCACCACUGUCCCGUCCGUUGGUCACAGACUGGGCGUUAGAGACAUCUUGUGAUCGAAUCAAAACAUGUGUGAUGUGGAUCAGACUCGGCCAUGGCCAUUCGUACAAACCGGCGGGUCUUAAACUAUUUGUCGCAGUUAUUGAUCGUGUUAGAGAUCAGUGAUCAGCCCAUUGACAGUCAACUGUGAGCACUUACGAUAGCUCCGGCUUCUUGGACUCAUACCUACCGAUGAAUCACAUCAAACUUGAUGUAGGAAGAAGCCGAAAAAGCAUCGCAGCGCAAUCCACGAG